AGCGUGCUGUACAAGUAGCAUCAUUUCGCGGCUCAGUCUUCACGGAAAUAUCAGUGUAGCUUCUCGCACAGUAACGAGGGCAGUGAUUCACGGCAGCACUCUGAGGUCCUCUAGCCUUUGUGGAAUGGGAAUCGCUUCUGGCGCGAAAAUGAUGGCGUUUCUGGCGAUGGUGGCGCUGUCGCUGCUGGCGCAGACCGCUGUUGCCGCCCCCUCUGCUGCAGCUGCGGCUGCUGCCUCGCCAGCGGCCAGCCCUUGGGGCUCGUGGUGGCAGCGUUGGCAGACAGCCGAGUGCCCCGGGCCCGGCGCCUUCCCGGACACCUCGGACGCCUGCUCGCCCGUCUUCCGCAUCUGCGUCUACAUGGGACCCGUGCGCGGACUGCAGCCCAUCCCCAAGUCCUGCCCCGCCGGAUUCGUCUUCAACGUCGUCACCGGUUGCACCUUCAAGCAGGAGUGCUUCCAGAAGCUUUACCCACAGGCGGCUGCCGGCUGGACUGCUUAGCUUGGAAACCUCCAGACCCACCAAAGCCAAUGGAGAACUCUGCGUACUACGAAAACGCAAAGAUAGAAACGUCACUCAAACUUUGCACAUAGCGUUUGUAAC